AUGGCAACAUUUAAAGAAGUCCUCUUGGAGUGUUUGGAGGAUUUGAAAUCUGAGGACUUUGAAAAAUUCCAGUGGUACCUGUGUCAGCGAGAGGCCCUUGAAGACUUCAAAUCAAUCCCAAAAAGUCGACUGGAGAAUGUAAACAGAAUAAAAACAGUGGAUCUGAUGGUCGAGAGCUACUGUAUAAACACUAUUACAGUGACCAGAAUGAUUUUGAAGAAGAUCAAUCAGAAUGAUCUAGUGAAACGUUUUUCACACAUCUCAGAACCUAAAGGUAACCCCCAUGUGGAGAUCCUUGUUGAGUACCAGUGUAAACUCAAGUCUACCCAGAAGAAGAGGUUCGAGUGUCUGUUUGAGGGGAUCGCGAAAGCAGGAAACCCAACCCUUCUGAAUCAGAUCUACACACCACUCUACAUCACAGAGGGAGGGACUGCAGAGGUCAAUGAUGAACAUGAGGUCAGACAGAUUGAAACAGCAUCCAGGAAACCAGACAGACCAGAAACACCAAUCAGACAAGAAGAUAUCUUUAAAGCCUCACCUGGAAGAGAUGGACCAAUCAGAACAGUGAUGACAAAGGGAGUGGCUGGCAUUGGGAAAACAGUCUUAACACAGAAGUUCAUUCUGGACUGGGCUGAAGACAAAGCCAACCAGGACAUACACUUCACAUUUCCAUUCACUUUCAGAGAGCUGAAUGUGGUGAAAGAGAAAAAGUACAGCUUGGUGGAACUUGUUCAUCACUUCUUUACUGAAACCAAAGAAGCAGGAAUCUGCAGGUUUGAAGAGUUCCAGGUUGUGUUCAUCUUUGACGGUCUGGAUGAGUGUCGACUUCCUCUGAACUUCCAAAACAAUGAGAUCCUGACUGAUGUUACAGAGUCCACCUCAGUGGAUGUGCUGCUGACGAACCUCAUCAGGGGGAAACUUCUUCCCUCUGCUCGCCUCUGGAUAACCACACGACCUGCAGCAGCCAAUCAGAUCCCUCCUGAGUGUGUCGACAUGGUGACAGAGGUCAGAGGGUUCACUGACCCACAGAAGGAGGAGUACUUCAGGAAGAGAUUCAGAGAUGAGGAGCAGGCCAGAACCAUCAUCUCCCACAUCAAGACAUCACGAAGCCUCCACAUCAUGUGCCACAUCCCAGUCUUCUGCUGGAUCACUGCUACAGUUCUGGAGGAUGUGUUGAAAAGCAGAGAGGGAAGAGAGCUGCCCAAGACCCUGACUCAGAUGUACAUCCACUUCCUGGUGGUUCAGUCCAAACUGAAGAACGUCAAGUAUGAUGGAGGAGCUGAGACAGAUCAACACUGGAGUCCAGAGAGCAGGAAGAUGAUUGAGUCUCUGGGAAAACUGGCUUUUGAGCAGCUGCAGAAAGGCAACCUGAUCUUUUAUGAAUCAGACCUGACAGAGUGUGGCAUCGAUAUCAGAGCAGCCUCAGUGUACUCAGGAGUGUUCACAGAGGUCUUUAAAGAGGAGAGCGGUCUGUACCAGGACAAGGUGUUCUGCUUCGUCCAUUUGAGCAUUCAGGAGUUUCUGGCUGCUCUUCAUGUCCAUCUGACAUUCAUCAAGUCUGGAGUCAAUCUGCUGACAGGAGAACAAACAACAUCAUGGUGGUCUGAAGUGUUUGGAGACAAAUCAACACAUUUCUACCAGAGUGCUGUGGACGAGGCCUUAAAGAGUCCAAAUGGACACCUGGACUUGUUCCUCCGCUUCCUCCUGGGUCUUUCACUGCAGACCAAUCAAACUCUCCUACGAGGUCUGCUGACACAGACAGGAAGUAGCUCACAGGCGAAUCAGGAAACAGUUAAGGACAUCAAGAAGAAGAUCAGUGAGAAUCUUGAGAAUCUGUCUGCAGAGAGAAGCAUCAAUCUGUUCCACUGUCUGAAUGAACUGAAUGAUCGUUCUCUAGUGGAGGAGAUCCAACAGUCCCUGAGAUCAGGAAGUCUCUCCACAGAUGAACUGUCUCCUGCUCAGUGGUCAGCUCUGGUCUUCAUCUUACUGUCAUCAGAAAAUGAUCUGGAUGUGUUUGACCUGAAGAAUUACUCUGCUUCAGAGGAGGCUCUUCUGAGGCUGCUGUCAGUGGUCAAAGCCUCCAACAAAGCACUUAUGUCUGACUGUAACCUCUCAGAGAGAAGCUGUGCAGCUCUGUCCUCAGUUCUCAGCUCCCAGUCCUCUAGUCUGAGAGAUCUGGACCUGAGUAACAACAACCUGCAGGAUUCAGGAGUGAAGCAGCUUUCUGCUGGACUGGAGAGUCCACACUGUACACUGGAAACUCUCAGGCUGACUGACUGUAACCUCUCAGAUAGAAGCUGUGCAGCUCUGUCCUCAGUUCUCAGCUCCCAGUCCUCUAGUCUGAGAGAUCUGGACCUGAGUAACAACGACCUACAGGAUUCAGGAGUGAAGCAGCUUUCUGCUGGACUGGAGAGUCCACACUGUACACUAAAAACUCUCAGCCUGUCAGGAUGUCUGAUCACAGAGGAAGGCUGUGUUUCUCUGGCCUCAGCUCUGCGGUGCAACCCCUCCCAUCUGAGAGAGCUGGACCUGAGCUACAAUCAUCCAGGAGACUCAGGAGAGAAGAUCCUGUCUGCUGGACUGAAGGAUCCACACUGGAGACUGGACACUCUCAGACUGCAGCCUGCUGGAGUCCGAUGGUUGACACCAGGUCUGAGGAAGUAUUUCCAUGAACUCACACUGGAUCCAAACACAGUGAACAGAAAACUCAAACUGUAUGACAACAACAGGAAGGUGACAUAUAAGAGGAAGGAUCAGUCAUAUCCUGAUCAUCCAGACAGAUUUGAGGACUGUGCUCAGCUGCUGUGUAGAAAUGUUCUGACUGGUCGCUGUUACUGGGAGGUCGGGUGGAGAGGAGAGAUUCAUAUAUCAGUGAGUUACAGAGGAAUCAACAGGAGAGGAGACAGUAAUGACUGUGAGUUUGGAAAGAAUGAUCAGUCCUGGAGUCUGGCGUGCUCUAAUGGUGGUUACACUGUCAGUCACAAUAAAAGGGAAACAAUAAUCCCUCGCUCCUCCUCUGUCUCUAACAGAGUAGCAGUGUAUGUGGACUGUCCUGCUGGCACUCUGUCCUUCUACAGAGUCUCCUCUGACACACUGAUCCACCUCCACACCUUCAGCACCACAUUCACUGAGCCUCUGUAUGCUGGGUUUGGGCUCUGGCUUGGGUCCAAGUCUGGGUUACCGUUUGAUGUUGCUCGAACUAUUCCGACGCUCCAGUCACUUCCCUCCGUGUCUCUGUGCUCUCUGAGGAAGCUGGACCAACCUGAACCCAGCUGUGUGUCUGUGAAGACCAACAUGUCGAUAGAGCCACCGUUAGGCUUCAAUGAUCAACAUUGUUCACAGACAGAAGUGGACCAGGAGAGCUCAGAGGUUCCCAGUGGUCAGUCUGCCCAGCAGCAUCAAAAACACCUGGACUCCAUAUUUAUGCUGCUGGAGGAGAACAUCGUCACUUUUGUGAAGAACGAGCUGAAGAAGAUGCAGAAGGUUCUGAGUCCAGAUGACCCAGAAUGCUUUGAGAGUCAGAGGGAGGAUGAGGAAGUUUUGGACGGUGAAGAGGAAGAGCAGAGGAUGAAGAGCAGAGAGGCAUUUCUGAAGAUCACGCUGCACUUCCUGAGGAGAAUGAAGCAGGAGAAGCUGGCUGACUUUCUGCUGAGCAAAUCUCCUGCCAUGUGCCAGCAUAACCUCAAAUCUAGUCUGAAGAAAAAGUUCGAGUGUCUGUUUGAGGGGAUCGCUAAAGCAGGAAACCCAACCCUUCUGAAUGAGAUCUACACACCACUCUACAUCACAGAGGGAGGGACUGCAGAGGUCAAUGGUGAACAUGAGAUCAGACAGAUUGAAACAGCAUCCUGGAAACCAGACAGACCAGAAACAACAAUCAGACAAGAAGACAUCUUUAAAGCCUCACCUGGAAGAGAUGAACCAAUCAAAACAGUGAUGACAAAGGGAGUGGCUGGCAUUGGGAAAACAGUCUUAACACAGAAGUUCACUCUGGACUGGGCUGAAGACAAAGCCAACCAGGACAUACACUUCACAUUUCCAUUCACUUUCAGAGAGCUGAAUGUGGUGAAAGAGAAAAAGUACAGCUUGGUGGAACUUGUUCAUCACUUCUUUACUGAAACCAAAGAAGCAGGAAUCUGCAGGUUUGAAGAGUUCCAGGUUGUGUUCAUCUUUGACGGUCUGGAUGAGUGUCGACUUCCUCUGGACUUCCACAACAAUGAUAUCCUGACUGAUGUUACAGAGUCCACCUCAGUGGAUGUGCUGCUGACAAACCUCAUCAGGGGGAAACUACUUCCCUCUGCUCGCCUCUGGAUAACCACACGACCUGCAGCAGCCAAUCAGAUCCCUCCUGAGUGUGUCGACAUGGUGACAGAGGUCAGAGGGUUCACUGACCCACAGAAGGAGGAGUACUUCAGCAGGAGAUUCAGAGAUGAGGAGCAGGCCAGCACCAUCAUCUCCCACAUCAAGACAUCACGAAGCCUCCACAUCAUGUGCCACAUCCCAGUCUUCUGCUGGAUCAUUGCUACAGUUCUGGAGGAUGUGUUGAAAAGCAGAGAGGGAGGAGAGCUGCCCAAGACCCUGACUGAGAUGUACAUCCACUUCCUGGUGGUUCAGUCCAAACUGAAGAACAUCAAGUAUGAUGGAGGAGCUGAGACAGAUCCACACUGGAGUCCAGAGAGCAGGAAGAUGAUUGAGUCUCUGGGAAAACUGGCUUUUGAGCAGCUGCAGAAAGGCAACCUGAUCUUCUAUGAAUCAGACCUGACAGAGUGUGGCAUUGAUAUCAGAGCAGCCUCAGUGUACUCAGGAGUGUUCACACAGGUCUUUAAAGAGGAGAGAGGGCUGUACCAGGACAAGGUGUUCUGCUUCGUCCACCUGAGUGUUCAGGAGUUUCUGGCUGCUCUUCAUGUCCAUCUGACAUUCAUCAAGUCUGGAGUCAAUCUGCUGGAAGAAGAACAAACAGCAUCGCAGAAGUCUGAAACUAAACAGGAAACUGCAGAGACACAUCUCUAUCAGAGUGCAGUGGACGAGGCCUUAAAGAGUCCAAAUGGACAUCUGGACUUGUUCCUCCGAUUCCUCCUGGGUCUUUCACUGCAGACCAAUCAGACUCUCCUACGAGGUCUGCUGACACAGACAGGAAGUACCUCACAGACCAAUCAGGAAACAGUCGAGUACAUCAAGAAGAACAUCAGUGAGAAUCUUUCUGCAGAGAGAAGCAUCAAUCUGUUCCACUGUCUGAAUGAACUGAAGGAUCGCUCUCUAGUGGAGAAGAUCCAACAGUACCUGAGAUCAGGAAGUCUCUCCACAGUUAAACUGUCUCCUGCUCAGUGGUCAGCUCUGGUCUUCAUCUUACUGUCAUCAGAAAAAGAUCUGGAUGUGUUUGACCUGAAGAAAUACUCUGCUUCAGAUGAGGCUCUUCUGGGGCUGCUGCCAGUGGUCAAAGCCUCCAACAAAGCUCUGUUGAGUGGCUGUGACCUCUCAGAGAGAAGCUGUGCAGCUCUGUCCUCUGUUCUCAGCUCCCAGUCCUCUAGUCUGAGAGAUCUGGACCUGAGUAACAACAACCUGCAGGAUUCAGGAGUGAAGCAGCUUUCUGCUGGACUAAAGAGUCCACACUGUACACUGAAAACUCUCAGGUUGUCUGACUGUAACCUCUCAGAGAGAAGCUGUGCAGCUCUGUCCUCUGUUCUCAGCUCCCAGUCCUCUAGUCUGAGAGAUCUGGACCUGAGUAACAACAACCUGCAGGAUUCAGGAGUGAAGCAGCUUUCUGCUGGACUGGAGAGUCCACACUGUACACUGAAAACUCUCAGCCUGUCAGGAUGUCUGAUCACAGAGAAAGGCUGUGUUUCUCUGGCCUCAGCUCUGCGGUGCAACCCCUCCCAUCUGAGAGAGCUGGACCUGAGCUACAAUCAUCCAGGAGACUCAGGAGAGAAGAUCCUGUCUGCUGGACUGGAGGAUCCACACUGGAGACUGGACAUUCUCAGCCUGCAGCCUGCUGGAGUCCGAUGGUUGACACCAGGUCUGAGGAAGUAUUUCUGUGAACUCGCACUAGAUCCAAACACAGUGAGCAGAAAACUCAAACUGUCUGACAACAACAGGAAGAUGACAUAUGUGGAGGAGGAUCAGUCAUAUCCUGAUCAUCCAGACAGAUUUGAGGGCUGUGCUCAGCUGCUGUGUAGAAAUGAACUGACUGGUCGCUAUUACUGGGAGGUCGAGUGGACAGUUGGAGUUAAUAUAGCAGUGAGUUACAGAGGAAUCAGCAGGAGAGGAGACAGUGAUAACUGCCGUCUUGGGUGGAAUGAUCAGUCCUGGAUUCUGGAGUGCUCUGAUUUCAGUGGUUGCUCUGUCAUUCACAAUAACAAAAGAACAUCCAUCCCCUCCUCUUCCUCCUCCUCCUCCUCCUCUGUCUCUAACAGAGUAGCAGUGUAUGUGGACUGUCCUGCUGGCACUCUGUCCUUCUACAGAGUCUCCUCUGACACAUUGAUCCACCUCCACACCUUCAACACUACAUUCACUGAACCUCUGUAUGCUGGGUUUGGAGUCUGGUUCAACCCUGGUGCCUCAGUGUCUCUGUGUGAGACACGUUUCUACCAGAGUGCUGUGGACGAGGCCUUAAAGAGUCCAAAUGGACACCUGGACUUGUUCCUCCGCUUCCUCCUGGGUCUUUCACUGCAGACCAAUCAAACUCUCCUACGAGGUCUGCUGACACAGACAGGAAGUAGCUCACAGACCAAUCAGGAAACAGUUGAGUACAUCAAGAAGAAGAUCAGUGAGAAUCUGUCUGCAGAGAGAAGCAUCAAUCUGUUCCACUGUCUGAAUGAAUUGAAUGAUCGUUCUCUAGUGCAGGAGAUCCAACAGUCCCUGAGAUCAGGAAGUCUCUCCACAGAUGAACUGUCUCCUGCUCAGUGGUCAGCUCUGGUCUUCAUCUUACUGUCAUCAGAAAAAGAUCUGGAUGUGUUUGACCUGAAGAAAUACUCUGCUUCAGAGGAGGCUCUUCUGGGGCUGCUGCCAGUGGUCAAAGCCUCCAACAAAGCACUACUGACUGACUGUAACCUCUCAGUUAGAAGCUGUGCAGCUCUGUCCUCAGUUCUCAGCUCCCAGUCCUCUAGUCUGAGAGAUCUGGACCUGAGUAACAACAACCUGCAAGAUUCAGGAGUGAAGCAGCUUUCUGAUGGACUAAAGAGUCCACACUCUACACUGGAAACUCUCAGCCUGUCAGGAUGUCUGAUCACAGAGGAAGGCUGUGCUUCUCUGGCCUCAGCUCUGCGGGACAACCCCUCCCAUCUGAGAGAGCUGGACCUGAGCUACAAUCAUCCAGGAGACUCAGGAGAGAAGAUCCUCUCUGCUGGACUGGAGGAUCCACACUGGAGUCUGGACACUCUCAGGCUGACUGACUGUAACCUCUCAGAGAGAAGCUGUGCAGCUCUGUCCUCAGUUCUCAGCUCCCAGUCCUCUAGUCUGAGAGAUCUGGACCUGAGGAACAACAACCUGCAGGAUUCAGGAGUAAAGCAGCUUUCUGCUGGACUGGAGAGUCCACACUGUACACUGAAAACUCUCAGCCUGUCAGGAUGUCUGAUCACAGAGGAAGGCUGUGCUUCUCUGGCCUCAGCUCUGAGCUGCAACCCCUCCCAUCUGAGAGAGCUGGACCUGAGCUACAAUCAUCCAGGAGACUCAGGAGAGAAGAUCCUGUCUGCUGGACUGGGUCUGAGGAAGUAUUUCUGUGAACUCAAACUGGAUCCAAACACAGCACACCAAAAACUCAAACUGUCUGACAACAACAGGAAGGUGACAUGUGUGGAGGAGGAUCAGUCAUAUCCUGAUCAUCCAGACAGAUUUGAGAACUGGAGACAGCUGCUGUGUGACGAUGACCUGACUGGUCGCUGUUACUGGGAGGUCGAGAGGAGAGGAAAAGUUUUUCUAUCAGUGAGUUACAGAGGAGUCGGACGGAAAGGAGGCAGUGAUGACAGUAGGCUUGGAUGGAACGAUCAGUCCUGGAGUAUGGACUGCUCUGAUGAUGGCUAUUGUGUCUGGCACAAUAACAAAAGAACAUCCAUCCCCUCCUCCUCCUCCUCUUCCUCUGUCUCUAACAGAGUAGCAGUGUAUGUGGACUGUCCUGCUGGCACUCUGUCCUUCUACAGAGUCUCCUCUGACACACUGAUCCACCUCCACACCUUCAACACCACAUUCACUGAGCCUCUGUAUCCUGGGUUUGGGUUCUGGUGUGGCCAGUCUGGCGCCUCAGUGUCUCUGUGUGGUGUUUAG